AUGCCCAACCCCAAAAACAGCAAAGGCGGUCGCAAAAACAAGCGCGCCAACAGCAGCGGGGACGAGCAGGAAAAUGGAGCCGGGGCCCUGGCAGCGGCGGGUGUGGGAGGCAGGAUACGGGAUGAGAAGGCUGGGAAGAGUGACAGACUUUGCCCAAGUGAUGUCAGCCUAGCUAUCUUAUUGUCCAGACUUGAAACCAUGCUGGCAGGUUGGCGUGGGAUCUCUUUAUUGCCAAGCCGUGGAGGGCAGAAGGCAGAAGCCCCUUGUGCCACGCCCCUGCUCUGCAGCUUCGGGAGGCCGGUGGACCUAGACAAGGACGACUACCAGAAGGUGGUGUGCAACAACGAGCACUGCCCCUGCAGCACCUGGAUGCACCUGCAGUGCUUCUACGAGUGGGAGAGCAGCAUCCUGGUCCAGUUUAACUGCAUCGGCCGAGCCCGCAGCUGGAACGAGAAGCAGUGCCGCCAAAACAUGUGGACGAAGAAGGGCUACGACCUGGCCUUCCGCUUCUGCUCCUGCCGCUGUGGACAGGGCCACUUAAAGAAGGACACGGACUGGUACCAGGUGAAGCGGAUGCAGGACGAGAAAAAGAAGAAGUCUGGCUCGGAGAAGAACACCGGCAGGCCCCCUGGCGAAGCGGGGGAGGAGGCCAAAAAGGGCCGGCCACCCAGCAAGCCGCAGAAAGGCCUGAGCCAUGACCUCCCCCGGCGGCACUCCAUGGACCGGCAGAACUCCCAGGAGAAGGCAGUGGGCGCGGCGGCGGCCUACGGGGCCCGCUCCCCCUGUGCCUCCCCGGGCCAGUCCCCGCCCACCGGCUACUCUAUCCUCUCCCCCGCCCACUUCAGCGGCCCCCGCUCCUCCAGAUACCUCGGGGAGUUCCUGAAGAAUGCCAUCCAUUUGGAGCCUCACAAAAAGGCCAUGGCCGGGGGCCACGUGUUCCGGAACACCCACUUUGAUUACAGUCCAGCUGGCUUGUCGGGGCACAGGGGGGGCCACUUCGAUGCGCCCGUGCAGUUCCUGCGGCGCCUCGACCUGUCCGAGCUGCUCACUCACAUCCCCAGGCAUAAGUUGAACACUUUCCACGUGCGGAUGGAGGACGAUGCCCAGAUGGGCCAGGGCGAGGACCUGCGCAAGUUCAUUCUUGCGGCCCUCAGCGCCAGCCACAGGAAUGUUGUAAACUGUGCCCUGUGUCACCGGGCGCUGCCGGUGUUCGAACAGUUCCCUCUGGUGGACGGAACUCUGUUCUUAAGCCCGUCGAGACACGAUGAGAUCGAAUACGAUGUUCCGUGUCAUCUUCAAGGGAGGCUCAUGCACCUGUACGCCGUGUGUGUGGACUGCCUGGAAGGGGUUCACAAGAUCAUCUGCAUCAAGUGUAAGUCCCGGUGGGACGGCAGCUGGCACCAGCUGGGCACCAUGUACACCUACGACAUCCUGGCCGCCUCUCCGUGCUGUCAGGCCCGCCUGAACUGUAAGCACUGUGGGAAGCCUGUGAUAGACGUGCGGAUCGGGAUGCAGUACUUCUCCGAGUACAGCAAUGUCCAGCAGUGUCCGCACUGUGGGAACCUGGACUACCAUUUCGUGAAGCCAUUUUCCUCCUUCAAAGUUCUUGAAGCUUAUUGAUGAAAGCUUUGCUUUAGUAAUAGCUGUUUUAUUGACUUUAUUUCUUUAUUACAUAUCUUUUAUAGGGAAACAUUCUGUGACAUGACUUUCUUUUCUAAUUUAAAGGAGAGUUCCUUUGUGUAUGUGUGCCACUAAAAUGGGGUUGGCCCCUUGCCCUCACUUGACUCCUGAGUGUUAGUCUGUGGUCCUGACCAGAGCCCAAAUGGAUAAUCCUGUGAGUCUGGGGUAGCGGUUCACUAUCACUAAGAGUCUCUCAUGCAGCUUUUAAGGUGGUGGGAGGAUAGGGUGAAUUUAGUAAAGGGAUUAUGUGGUUAUCAACUAAAAGCAUGGUGGGAGUUGGAAGGAACUUCUUAUUAAAAUGUUACCUGUCUGAAAACCCACUGUCAGAUCUGCUCAGGCCUUGGGAAAAACAUGGGGCAUGUGAAUGUCAGUCUGUGCCUGGAGGGCUGAGAGUGUAUUAGUCCAUCUUGGUUCAGUGCUGUGCAGUGCACAUUGACCUGCAGAUUAUUUGAAAGUAGACAUGAGUGCUGUUUCUUACACCUCUGUGAUUUAGCAGGCAGUUUUCCUACUGAAAAUUAUAUCCAAAUUAUAAGACCUAUGAAAACUUGUGGUGUUGCAAAUAUUUUUAGGUAAACUGACCUGUAACAGAGAGAAUAUACUAAAUGAAUUUGGAAGUGAUGCGCACGGACUCAAGGGGGGCAAGAUCAGGCAGAACCCUAUCAUUGGAAUUGUGUCUUUGAAGUUGGUCAGAUGAGCUCUUAAGGAGAAUCCAUGAAUGACAUGAUUUGGGUGGUGGAUUUAUGUAGGUUGCACUGUCCAAGUGCCGUUUGAUGUCAGAUCCUUCUCACAGGUAAAUCUCACAGGCAUAUACCCGAACUGGUGAAAUUCAGAACCAUCAUCACCUGCUUUAUCUUCCACAAAACUGUCAUGGCCACAUUUGACCCAUUUAAUGAUGAGUUUCCCAGAUCAUAGGUUUGACCCUAAGAAGGAAAGGAAAAAAAUUGCUUUGUGAGGAUAUGAGGAAGAGAACAAUAAUACUUCUUUUUAAAGUGUGUUUCAUUUCUCAAAACCAUGGAUUGUAAUAUAUAGCAGUAUGUUUGAAAAUAGAUCAUUCUGAAGCUUUCUGUGAUACUUCACCAUUAGCAAAAAAAGAUGAUAAUUUGUAUAACUUGAUUAGUCAGAGCAUUGGGCUUUCCCCAUACCAUCAUAGAAUUGGAACUAGAAUAUGAUUUCUCAAAAAUGGAUUUGGUAAUUUUAAGUAUUAUAUACAUAUAUGCUAAAAGAAUGCUGAAAAUACAAUCUGUUUUAUGAGUAGCCAAAUUUGGGCUUAUGUGAACAGUUUGUAUUACUCAUUUGGUUUAUACCAUUUUUUUUUCCCUCAGAAAGCUGUUUUUCCUCUCAGAAGUGUUUAGCUGUUACUGCAAGCAAGUUUCAGUUCUACUGUAUGAGAUAUUUGAUAAUUUGUUUGAAACAACAGAGCAUUGAAGAACCAAUAUAUCAACUAAUAUUCUUAUCUUUCAGUUUGGAUGAUUGUAAUUCGUUUUACUGCAUCUAGUUUGGUGUUUGAUGGUCUGAAAAAUAUUUCACAGUGGGGGGAAGUGCUCGGUGCCUCUACGAAGCAGCAAAUCGAUAUCUGUCUGACAGUAUUUGAUGCAACCUUGCAUUUGAUGCAAGGUCUAUAGGACAUAGCCCUUGCAAAUUUGUCUUUAAUACACAAAGCUGUAAUUGUGAAUUAACUGGUUCCCCACUGAUUCUCUCAUGUACCCAAGUGUAAAAAUCAGUCAGUUUCUCGAGUCUUGAGAGUAACAUUUGAAUUUUAGUUCUGAAUUUCAAGCAGGUAGUAAAAUAUUUGUAAUGCUGUUUUUUAAUGCACCUAAAAUUUUAUAGAGAAACCUGCUUAUUAUUGUUCUGGAUCUUAAAGUUUACGUAUAGAUCACAUUCACAAGCCCCUUGGUCUAAAACUGCUAUGAAUGUGGUGUCUGAUGCAUUCAGUAUUUUCUCCUUCUAUUGGUUUCUACUCUCUGAAAAAUAAGUAGGAGGAGUUUUCCCUGUAAUUGGGUAAAAUUUGCUUUUGGCCGUUAUUUGGACCACAAAGUUAGGAUUUGGUGGAUGCCACAGUUCUGAAAAAGGAGAGGCAGAGGUAUCAUCUGAGAGUUUCGUUUACCUGUAAGGCAUCACAGUCUCAUCUAAAGUAGAAAAUCUGGCUUAUUUGAGAAUAAAAUAUAGUGAGUAUGCCACAGUGUGGAUAAUAAAUCUUAUUUUGGGAAUCUGCUGACCUUAGUAUUUUCACCAGACUUUCUCAAAGUACUUUGCUCUGAAUACCUUGGUAGAAAUUGGAGUAUGUCAAAAAAGAUGACUAUUUUUGUUAUGGUUUGGUUAUUAAAGGGUAUUAGUCACCCAGGAGAUCCAUUUUCUGUUUUUCUGAUAAAUAGUGUUCAAUAAAAUGAACCACUACAUAAGUGACUAAUAAUUUCAAAGUGAUUUUUCAUCUGUUCUUUUUUUUUUUAUCAUUUAUUUUUAAGAGUUCUGUACCUGGAACAAAUAAAAUUUUACCUGCUUCAAUUCAGUGAGAAACCAUUUCUGAUGGCUUUACGUUUCCUCUUCAGGCUGGCUCAGUUCUCGACUUCUUCUGGCUGUAUCUGAAGCGAAUGAUAAUACCGAAUUUAUCAACUGCUUGAUUAAAAGAUAGACAUUGGCCAUGAAAUUGGGCAGUGGGGUAAAUUAUUCCAUUCUUAGUAAGACAGAGCUCUCCCUGGUCUUUAAUUUCCAGGUUUUGCAAAAGAAGUUUAUUUUCAGAGUAAGAAGUAUUUUCAUAUCUUUUGCGGCGGGGGGGAAUGAACUCAUCAGGAAAGAAUAUUAUUAGGUGUUUACUAAAACUAACAGGCUGAUGCAUAACUUAGUAGACCAUGAAAACUAAUUUGCUAAAAUUUUCUGUUUUGUCCUGUAAGACCAAUGCCUCCCGUACAGUCGGUUCUCCUUUCCCCAGUUAGGACCUCCACAUGGCUUCUCCUCUUUGGUCUCCUGGUUGCAGCUCUUGGGCAAUUUUAGUUGGACGUUUGGGGAGGACUUGAGGAGAAAGCGCUCCUGUUCAGUGUUUUGGUUCCUUUAAUAGGCUGCCACCUAACCCAGCUCAUCUCUGUGUCCUGUUGACUUUGUUAUUUUUCCAGGUGAUUGAAAGAAAACAAUAAUGGACGGGCAUCGUUAAAGCCAGCUCAAAAAUAUAUUCUUGUCCUAAAGAUUUCUUGUCAAGAUGUCUUGGAUUGCACUUUUGUUAUGGGAAGAUGGUGUAAAUAGUUAAAAGAAUGUUGAUAAAACGGAAACAUUUGGUUAUGGAAUUGUGUGUGGUGUUUGAAGGUUUCUGUUUGUGAAAUGUAUGUAUUAAAAAUAAUAAAAUCUCAGAAGCUAACAUUGUA